ACAAAAUUAAACUAUCUUUUAUUUAAACGACAGUAGUUCCUGAAGAUAUUUUCAUCACCUAACAAAUGUAUUUUUAUCAGUACUGUGUAACUACCUUCUGCAGUUCUACUUUUAUAUAAAGGCAUUACCAGCUUUCAUCUUUUCCUGGAAUGCAACAAUAAAAUGUCAUCGUCCUCCUCUUCCAACAACAGCGCAAUAACAUUGGUGGUGUUAACAGACAUCUCGCCUCGCGCAGUUGUUCCUGGCAACUGCAUAACUUGUCUGUCGCUGCGUUCUGCAACGCACCGACUGCAGGCUGCAGCAUUGCCAUCUGACUUCUGCAGCUGCGGCCGGUCGCUGUCGCCGUGUUAGGAAUCGCACCUUAAUUGAUAACAUAAAUUCCUAUCCCCAAAAAAUUACUCACUAUGGCACAAGAGAACAGCAUUAUUUAAAUAGCCAACUUAAUGUCAAAAUCACGCAUGAGCAGUUCAGAUUACGACAUCCCCAAGCAAGUAAUAUUAAGUACGAAUUUUAUUUAAAAAUAUUCAAAGAACGUUUUUCACUUACAUUUCAUUGACCACAAGUUGACAUAUGUGGUACUUGUGAAGCGCUUCAAAAUAAAUUAUGAAACAAAACACUGAAUGAAAAGGCUAAGAGGGUUGCCGCUGCAGAAAUGAUGGUUCAUAAACACAGGGCUGCAAAGUUUUCUGCUCGUAUUCGUGAAGUACAAGUACUGUGUCAAAAAGACGAGGAUGUUGCAGGUAUUGCCAUAGAUUUUAUGCAAAAUUUGUCCCUUCCUACCAUUCCAGUUCAGGAAGUUUUCUACCCUUGGCAACUCAAUGUUAAUGUAUUCAAUAUCCACAAGCUGAAGACAGGAUAUGCAACAUUCUACAUUUAUCACGAAGGUGACCAAACAUAAAAUACCCGCAUAUAUUUUCAGAUGGCUGCCCAGGGCAGAAUAAGAAUAAUACUAUGGUCAGGUUUGUCAUGGCAGUUGCAGCAUCUCAGCGUUUACUCAGAAUUUAUCAUUAUUUCCCGGUCAGGGGCCAUUCAUUCUUACCCUGUGACAUGGACUUUGCAGUGAUUAAGAGAAAAAUUCGAGCUGUUGAUAGGAUUUAUAGCAUCAUGCAGUUUGUAGAACUUAUUGUUGCUGCAAGUACCUUUAACAAAUACCAGGUUAAUGUUGUUUCAACAGAGUUUGUACUGGCUUUCAAACAAUGGUGGCCUAAAUUUUAUAAACACAAUGCCUUGUCUUUAGAAACAAUGAACAGCAAAGUGCUCACAAGGAAUGAGAAACAAUCCUUCACCGUUUCAGAAUUCAUGGAAUUUGAAUACAACAGUGAGUGUAGUGGGAAUGUCAUUGCAAAACCAUACAUUGGAAGCCUGGUGACUCACACUUUUCGUUUACUUCUUGCUUUAAAAACAACAGUAACUCUAGCGACAGCUGCAGCAUACGAAAAGUGUGUACCACUAAGUGAGAAGAAACUAGCUGACCUCAAGAAAUUGGAGCCGUAUGUCCCUGAAGAGAACCUAUGCAUUUACAGAGUUCUCUACAACUGGCCUUCAGUAGACAGCAGAGGGCCUGACAGUGAAUAACAGAC